UACCAAGUUGUAGUCUGUAGGGAAAGUGCGUUGGGCUGAAUUAGGAUGUUACCUACCAACUGCAAGCCGGUUAUUCGGCAUCCUUCGGGGAAUCGUAUCUUCCAAAUGGAGCUACUAGAUCAGAGAUAGACGGAAUAAUCACACCACCCAGUUCUCUCGGGCCUCACCUUAUCUGGCCAUGGGUGACACAGAGCUGGAGCUUUCUCCUUCCCAUCUGGAGGCACUACAGAAGAGUCCGUCAGCCUCGUCCACCUCCACUACCUCGUCUCUAUCUCUGCCCUCUUCUCCAUCCUCUGGCCCACGGCCCCUGACCAGCUCCAGCCCUAGUGCCAGCGAAGGCCUGCCCGCUUCUAGCCCUCCGCUGGAUGUCAUAUCCGAGGGUGUGGGCGAACUUAGUCUGGUUAUUGAUACAGAAGUAGCCAAGAAAGCCUGCCAGGAGGUGCUGCAAAAGGUGAAGCUCCUCAAAACUGAUGGAGAGACAGAUCUGCCCACUGCUGAGCCUCACUUGGUGAAUGGAACUGAACACACCGAGCCCUUAAAUGGGGAUGGUACAGGGUCAGGUAAGCCUCCGAAGAUCACAGAGGAGGAGGAGGUGCCAUCAGCAGCCACAGUGAAGAGCGCGCGACGGCGCCACAAGAACAACUCGUCCAAGCAGUCCUGGCUUCUGCGCCUGUUCGAGUCCAAGCUGUUCGAUAUUUCCAUGGCCAUCUCAUACCUGUACAAUUCGAAAGAGCCCGGUGUGCAGGCCUACAUCGGCAAUCGGCUCUUCAGUUUCCGAGACGAAGAUGUGGACUUCUACCUGCCCCAGCUGCUCAACAUGUACAUCCACAUGGACGAGGACGUGGGUGACGCCAUUAAGCCAUAUGUGGUGCACCGCUGCCGCCAGAGCAUCGGCUUCUCGCUGCAGUGUGCGUGGCUGCUCGGCGCGUAUUCCUCUGAUAUGCACAUUUCCACGCAGAGGCACUCGCGCGGCACCAAGCUGCGCAGACUUAUCCUGUCUGACGAGCUGAAGCCGACCAGUCAGCGGGCUCGACUCCACCACCAGCAGCAGCAGCAGAACCACAUCCUUGGCCCAAACGCAAGUGAGCACGGCCUCUCGCCCUCGAAGCGUACUCAUCAGCGCUCCAAAUCAGAUGCCACUGCCAGCAUCAGCCUCAGCAGCAACCUGAAAAGGACAGCCAGCAACCCAAAAGUGGAAUGCAGUCAGGAUGAGGACAUGAGCUCCAGCUCCGACAGUCUUGAGUUAGAGGCUGGUACCCCUGUACGUCUGACUCCUCAGCGUGAGUUCAUUAAGUCUCUGAUGGGCAUUGGGAAAAGACUGGCCACUCUGCCCACCAAGGAGCAGAAGACACAGAGACUCAUCUCUGAGCUCUCACUGCUUAACCACAAACUGCCAGCACGUGUGUGGCUGCCCACUGCGGCGUUCGACCACCACGUGGUGCGAGUUCCUCACACACAGGCUGUCGUACUCAACUCAAAAGACAAGGCACCCUACCUAAUCUACGUUGAAGUUCUGGAGUGUGAGAACUUUGAGACGUCCAGUGUACCGGUGAGGAUUCCAGAAACACGAAUCCGCAGCACACGGUCCGUGGAGAAUCUCCCAGACUGCGGUAUCACAGCCGAGCAGCGUGCCAGCAGCUUCUCUACCGUUCCCAACUAUGACAACGAUGAUGAGGCCUGGUCUGUGGAUGAUAUUGGAGAGCUCCAGGUUGAGCUGCCUGAGAUCCACACUAACAGCUGUGACAACAUCUCCCAGUUCUCCGUCGAUAGCAUCACCAGCCAGGAAAGCAAAGAGCCGAUUUUUAUUGCUGCUGGAGAUAUCAGGCGACGCCUCUCUGAGCAGCUUGCCCAUACACCAACCACAUUUAAGAAGGAUCCAGAGGAUCCCUCAGCAGUGGCCUUAAAAGAGCCCUGGCAGGAGAAGGUUAGACGAAUCCGGGAGGGCUCUCCAUACGGGCAUCUGCCUAACUGGCGUCUCCUCUCAGUCAUAGUGAAAUGUGGUGAUGAUCUAAGACAGGAGCUCCUUGCCUUCCAAGUGUUGAAGCAACUACAGGCGAUCUGGGAGCAGGAGCGUGUGCCUCUGUGGAUUAAGCCCUAUAAGAUCCUGGUCAUCUCCUCGGACAGUGGCAUGAUUGAGCCAGUGGUCAAUGCUGUCUCCAUUCAUCAAGUGAAGAAGCAGAGUCAGCUCUCACUGCUCGACUACUUCUUGCAGGAACAUGGCAACUACACUACAGAGGCCUUCCUCACGGCACAGCGCAACUUUGUACAGAGUUGUGCAGGAUACUGUCUCAUCUGCUACCUGCUGCAGGUUAAGGACAGGCACAACGGAAACAUUCUGCUCGACUCCGAGGGUCAUAUUAUUCACAUCGACUUUGGCUUCAUUUUGUCAAGCUCUCCGAGAAACCUCGGCUUUGAAACUUCUGCCUUCAAACUGACCAAUGAGUUUGUAGAUGUCAUGGGUGGGCAGGAUGGAGACAUGUUCAACUAUUACAAGAUGCUCAUGCUUCAGGGUCUCAUCGCUGCACGCAAGCAUAUGGAGAAAGUCAUCCAGAUAGUGGAGAUUAUGCAGCAAGGUUCCCAGCUGCCCUGCUUUCACGGCUCCAGCACCAUCCGUAACCUGAAGGAGCGAUUUCACAUGAGCCUGACUGAGGAGCAGCUGCAGGUGUUGGUGGAGCAGAUGGUAGACGGCUCCAUGCGCUCCAUCACCACCAAGCUAUACGACGGCUUCCAGUACCUCACCAACGGCAUCAUGUGAAUUUGGCGUGAGAACGGACAGUUAUGACUGGGGGGAAAAAGCUGUACCACUUUCAGAGGCCACUCCCAAGCCCUUUUGCAACCUUUCUGUUUUCAACAUCCUAGCGUGUUUCUACACCAAGACUGAGUUUUUGAUCAAGGAUUUUAUACCCUCUCAAGAGGUCUCAGCUGUGAAGUUUUGCUUUGUCUUUUUUUUUUUUUUCCCUCCCCUCAAAGCCUUCCCUCAGUUUCUUAUUCCUUUUCUCAUAUUGUCUUGUUUCUCCUGGGAUCUGGGAUAUCUUUUUGGAAUCUGCUCUUAUCUACUAUCCUAGUGCCUCCUUUGACUGUGCUCAGACUCAAACUGCUUUUGUCUCAUAAAUGUGCUGUGUAUUUACCGUCUUAUAUUCUCAAGUUCUCCUGCAGAGUUUGGUUUGGGUAUCACUAAUCAUUUCUAUUUUUAGUAAACAACCUACAGCUUUCAUGCCUACACACAAUGCAAUCCCCGCUGAGACAACUCGGCAGUGCACAGAGUCCCUUGUUGAGUAAUGCACAUUGUGUAAUAUGAGGGGAAAGGCGUAAACGGCACACAGUCAUCAGUGGGUUUUGUCUGAUCAGUGUUAUUUUAGCUGCAGUUUGAAAGAAGCAAACACUUCUUUCAAAUCCAAAUGUAAAUGUUAACUAGUUGCUGCUGGUUGAGAGACUCUUUAAAAAUUGGCCUCUCAAAGAGGCACUAAUUGUUUCAUUAAAGCCUUUUAAUUGGCUUUAUUUGACCUUUAAAACACACCUGCUGUCCGACUCGUCAGUUCCCAGAUGGCCAUUAUACGUUCAGCUUCAUAAAGGAAAAAACCCACUAAUGCUAUAAAACAUGUGUGGGUUAUGAUCCUCAACAUCUAAUGACAUUUGAAUUAAAGAGAAGAGAUUAACUAAAAGUCAGACUCUAACCUUUGUAAGUAUUAAAGUGUGCUAUGACAGAGUGAGAGUCAAAACACUAUUUAUUGCUUAUUUACAAUUGCUUACUUGCAUUCUCAUGUACAACAUGGAUGGCUGACUCUUUUUCUUAUUUCAUUUCAGUUUUUUAGCAGAAAGAUGAUUCCUUUGUGUGUACAAUUGUACAUAAUAUAAAUUUUAAACUUCAGAAAUGUACAUGGACUCUUUUUUUCUUAUCAGAAUGAUGGGGAGUUGUGCUGAAAUGGGUAACAUGGCCACUGAGCAGCUAAGUUACUUGACAGGAGAGAUUCAUGAGAUGUCGCUAAUCAGGGUGAGAUUGACCCUUGUGUACAUUGAAAAGAUGAUAAGAAAAACAAAAACCUCCAAAUAAAUGGAAGAAACCAGUACAUUAUUAAUGUUUAAUUUCAGGUUAUUAAAUGCCACUACAUGCAUUCAUGUAAAAGACAUUAUCAUUAUCAUCAUUAUAAUUAUUAUUAUUAUAAUUAUUAUUAUUAUAAUUAUUAUUAGAAGAAGAAGAAUGAAGAAAGAGACAUGACUUGAGCGUUCCAUUAACAAGACCAGUUCCUCCUUUUUGUAGAACCAGUUUUAAUUUUUUUUUUUUUUAGUGGAAGCCUAUUUUUUGUGAAUUAUUUGAACCUGUUUGAUUAAGCCAUUUAGAGGAGUCUAUUCAUCUGUCUUCACAUUUUAUACUUCUUUGUUUCUAUGGUUUUCACUUCCUUUCUAACUUGUUUGACGGACCAUUUCUCAUGAUCAUGUGAACGAACUCCCCUAACUUGUGAAUGUUACUUUGUAUAAUAAAUUAAAUGUAUCCGUUUCA